AUGUUGAAGAUAUCCAGAGUAUAUUUUUUACUAAUCACAUUUUUUGUAACCAUUACUUCUUCUAAUAAUGCCGUCGGUUAUGUGGGACCAGCUUGUGUAGUAGUUGUAAGUAAUGAAGUCUAAAACAUUUUCAUAAUUUUAGGAAGAUCUUCUGUAUUUGCAUGGAUCUUACACGAGAAGAUUAAAUUCAGAAGAAGUACUGGCCUUUAAAAAGUAUCAGAAUACCCUCAGUCUACUCAAACAAUUAAAGGAAGCCGUUUCCAAAGGGGCUACUCUGCUUAAUAAUGGGAGUAUCAGCCUUCCAAAACCAGUGAUCCCCAACUUCUGUGAAGGCUUUGGAGAUGAUGUGGAAGUUGUUUUGGAUGGAUGUGUGGUCAGAGUAAGUAGCAGACAGUUGAUUUAUACAUCUUAAAGCAAAAUUUUGUAUUCAUUGACAAUCGAUUGACUCGAGAGUUGAAUAAUGUGGAAAGACAGAAGAUUCUCCUGGUUCUCGAGAGUUUUAAUACUCAAAAUUACCGUCAGAAACGAGAUUCCCAGAACUCGACCGUCACUUCAACUACCCCAAUUCUAUCGGGCGAUGUAACCGAGGCAUCUCCAACUUCUGUUGAACCGAGUACAACAACUGUAGCCCCGAUCUCCGACGAACUCAAGGAAUUGUUAAGUAAAUACUUUAAUGUAAACGGAAAUGUGACCGACCGCUUUCUCCCGGUCGCUCAAUAUUCUCCGGUGGUCAAUCAGUUGCUGAAUCGACCACAAUUAAAGCCGUUUCAGAUGAGUCAUGAUGAUGUACAAGGUAUAACUGAUACUUCAGAUUAAUGUUUUCUUUUUCAGAUGAAGUCCAGAAGCAAAGAAUCCGGGAAUUUAUCCAUGAUCAUAUCAUGAAGUACCAAUCGAGAAGCCAGGCGACCACAACCACCACGGAGAUCCCUCAUCUGAUGAUUGAGAAUGUGGUGGGACCUCAAGGUAGGACCAGAUUAAUACUUUUUUAUAUUUACUGUAAUUCGAGUACUUUAGUGCCGCCCCCAACAGCAGAUCCAUUUGUGAUGCAACUCCUCCAACAGAUCCAAUAUAAUCGUCAAAUGGAGCUAUAUCAGCAACAACUUCAACAACAAGCAGCCAUGAACAAUCGCCCGCUCAACCCGAAGAUCCCCCGAUUCCCAGGAGCGGCUCCAAUGAAACCUGGAGAUACCCUCGAAAUCGGGGAUCAGACUUAUAUCGCGGUUCCUCUGACUACACAAAGUGGAGAAACUGUGGGAUUGGUGCCAUUAACAAGGUCAAGCACUCAUACCGUAACCAUGCUUCCGCCAAUGAGGUCUUGGAUGCGUAAUGGGGCGUCGGCUGGGCCUCAUCCAGAACAAGUCAGAUAUCAUCCGGGAAAGAGGAGACCCCAAUUCCUUCAAGUUCCUACUCAUGUUAAUGGAGUUCCCCUUCCUCAUGAGAUCUGCCGAGUGGUUUUGAACCCAUCUGUGUGA